AUGAAGUUCAAUGCAACCAAUGUCGCUGGUGGCACCAAAACGCUAGCCGAUGGAAAUCAGAUCCCUUUGCUUGGGUUGGGCACCGCUGAACACACGGACCAGAAGGAUGUAAGUACCAUGGUUGAAGCAGCGCUAAAAGCUGGCUACCGUCUUUUUGAUACAGCUCAAAUUUACAAGAAUGAGAGGGAGCUCGGAGUUGCGUUUGCUGAAAAUCUAUCUAAAUUUGGACUCAAACGUGAGGAUAUUUUCAUAACGACGAAAGUCCAAAUCAUGGAUGGAAAGGUCUCCGAAUGGGCAGAACACAGUUUAAAACAAUCGCUGGAUAAAUUGAAAACUGACUAUAUAGACAUGUUUUUAAUUCACGCACCCAGAGAUAGAAUUGUAGGAAAAGAUGAAGCUUAUGAACUAAACAAAAAGGGAAGGAAAGAACUUUGGCAGAAAUUGGAAGAAUUCAAAGACCGUGGUGUAGUAAAAUCCAUCGGAGUGUCAAACUAUGAGGUUUAUCACCUAGUAGAACUUUUCGAAUAUGCAAAGCAACGACCUGUCAUGAAUCAAAUUGAAUAUUCCCCUUACCUCACAAGGCCAACAUUGAAACAUUUCUGUGAGAUGAACAAAAUUUUUGUGCAGGCGUUCUCGUCACAGUGUCGGGACAACAAUGAAAUCUACUCGGAGGGUCCUGUCCAAAAACUAGCGAAGAAGUAUGAUGUAGCCCCACAGACCAUACUUUACGCUUUUGGCCGCAAUUCUGGAGUCGGCAUCAUUCCUAGAUCCGGCAAUCCUGCCCAUAUUGGAGAUAAUCUGCAUGAGAAUUGCAAAUUAGCGAACAAGCUGAGAGUUGUAUGCAGCAUGUUUCCGAGCUUGUGUGGCUUCGCGCCUGUUUUUAGUUUCUGUCGCGAAAUGCUUAUUCCACCUUUGUUGUUCGCUUUACUUCCGAUGUGCAUGUUCGGCAGGAGCAUGGCUAGCAAAUUCGAGAAACUCAAGACUGUUCAAUGCUUUGAGAAAUGCCAAAGAGAUCCAUCAUACGACAAAUGCAUGCGUCUCUGCUUGUAUCCGGGCUUGGAUUUAAAUCUUUACUACAUUACAUGCAUAAGUUUUGGUAAAGAAAUAAGGUGUUGAAGCAAAAACCGCUCUAUUGUUAAGUAUAAAUUUGCUGCAUUGUCGUAUGCACUGACAAUGAUGAUGUAAGUAAGACGAUAGUGUCAUAUGCCGCACUAUACGAGUCUUGUUGAUCAAUUACCGCUUUAAUUUGUCAGUAUGCCCCUCUAGCUCAAAAAAUUAUCUGACAAUAA